AUGGCUUCAGGAACAGCGCUGGUUUACGAUGAGGAGAUGACCACUCAUAAACUACUUUGGAGUGAUCCUGUUUGUGAUAUUGAAGUGCCAGAAAGACUGUCAUCCUCCUAUGAGCUGCUUAAAUGUUACCAUCUUGUGGAAAGAUGUGUCCAUGUGCCUGCCAGAGAAGGAAGCGAGGAGGAGAUCCUGUUGGUUCACAGUCCAGAACACUUGGAAGUGGCGAAAAGCACCCAGACAAUGAAAGAAGAGGAACUGAAAAGUGUCUCUGGAAAUUAUGAUGCUUUUUUCUUUCAUCCGAACACGUAUCGCUGUGCCAGACUAGCAGUAGGAGCAACUUUGCAGCUGGUGGACGCUGUGAUGUCAGGAAAAGUGUGCAAUGGAAUGGCAUUAGUAAGACCUCCAGGUCACCACAGCCAGAGAAAUGCAGCUAAUGGGUUCUGUUUGUUCAACAAUGUUGCUAUUGCAGCCGAAUAUGCAAAACUGAAAUAUGGUCUACAGAGAAUCCUAAUUGUUGACUGGGAUGUGCACCAUGGGCAAGGAACUCAAUAUAUAUUUGAAGAGGAUCCAAGUGUUUUAUAUUUUUCCUGGCAUCGCUAUGAACAUCAGGAAUUCUGGCCAUCACUCAAAGAAUCUGAUUAUGAUGCUGUGGGUCUGGGAAAAGGAAAAGGUUUUAACAUAAAUUUGCCUUGGAACAAGGUUGGGAUGGGAAAUUCAGAUUAUCUUGCUGCAUUUUUCCAUGUGUUGCUUCCAAUGGCUUUUGAGUUUGAUCCUGAACUGGUUCUUGUCUCCUCUGGAUACGAUUCUGGAAUUGGAGACCCUGAAGGUCAGAUGAACGCCACUCCUGAGGUUUUUGCCCACCUUACCCACUUCCUGAUGCAGUUAGCUAAUGGAAAGCUGUGUGUCAUCCUAGAGGGUGGAUACCACUUAAAGUCAUUGUCUGAAUCAGUCUGCAUGACUGUAAAAACUUUGCUUGGAGAUCCUGUACCUCAAAUAACUGGAGAAAUGGCACCUUGCCUAAGUGCUGUUGAAUCUAUUCAAAAUGUGAGAGCAGCACAUAAACCCUACUGGAAAUGGUUGAUGUAUGAAGUGCCUCCCAUCAAAACAGCAACAACAACUGACUCUAAAUGUUCAGCACAUUUGUUCCCUGUACCCAUUCAUUUGGUGAAGGAAAUGGAGAAAACUGAAAUAAAAGCUCUUGUCAGUGGCUUUUAUGCAGACCUUGUGAAAGAGGACAAAACUUUGCUUUCUCUUGGCAGUGUGUUGGCCAUCCUAGAUAAAAUACUGAAGAAGGAGGUAUGCAAUGGAGUUGCAGAAUCACCCACAGCUGCUGUUUCUGUUGCUGUUGCACUAAGACAUUCCGUUCGUUUUGGAUUUCAGAGAGUGCUUUGUAUAUUUGUUGGAGACAUGCAAAUCAUACCGAACACAGAAGAUGGAAAAAUACUCAUGAUACAUAUUUGUGAGAAAGAACAGUCUGGAAAGGCCAGCUCUAAACACUGUAUUUCUCUGAACUGGAAAGGGGAUGCUGAAGGAAAUGACUUCUUUUCUGCUGUGCUUGGAUUCAUUCUUCCUGUAGCAUAUAGUUAUCAACCUAACUUGACAGUAAUAGCUGUUGGACCAAACAGGAGCCUUGGAAUAAGUGAAAUUUCUCUGCUUUUUGCUUUACUACAAGGAUUAGCUGAGUCUCGAAUUUUUGGAGUGAUCGAGGACACAGAGAUACAUUUAAUGCAAAGUGUAGCCGAAGCAUUAGUGGGUGCUUCUACACCUCACUUUGGAGUUUAUGUACCUCCUACCCAAGAAAAAGUAAAUAAAAUAAAAACAUUAAGAGACCAUGAAUGGAAGAUGCUUCAGUGUUCAGUGAAGGAUGGGAUUUCAAGAAAUUGA